GAGUGACGAUACUGCUUUCCUGAGAAUACUGUUCUUGGCGCGUAGCACAGAUCCGGCGAGGUUUCAGCCUUGCGGCCAUCCGGACACUCCAGCCGGGUGUCAAGCUUGACCAUUUCGUAACUCCGCGCAGACCAUUGUCCAGAGUCUUCAUUUUCCAGUAGUACAAGACAUCUCAAGGCCAUCAUCAACAGCCCCGAUUGAGCUGGCUUCAGCCUCGUACUCGCAGCCAUGGAUGUGCCCAGCAUGGACGACUCCGGAGCCAUACCAGACGCAUCCAUGAUGGACACCAAUAUGGACGAUUUAUUUGGCGAUGCAGCGAAUGAUCUCGUAGCAGCGAUGCCUGCGACACCAUUGCCAGCACCUUUGUUCUUGCGGGUGGCAGAAAUGCAGAGCCGUGGUUGCUGCACAAAGCUGGCUUGGUCAAAUACCGGAAGCAUAGCCCAAGUCACUCCUGAUGGCUCUCAUAUCGCCUUUCGUGCCAUGGUCCGGCAUCGAAAGACUGGUGCCUGGACCAUCAGCGAGCCCUCUAAGCACACCAUCGAAGCCCCGUCGGGUCGUAAAUUCGUCCACGUUGAGUUCAAUGGGCUCGGUAUAGAGCUUGCAGUCAUUGACAGUGCCGGUGUCGUGCACAUGCACACGCUGACUGGCGCGUUGAGCAAGAUGAUGCCGGCUGCCGGAGGUGAAUUAUCACGGAAGGGUGCAGCUCAUGAGCUGAAUGUGGUGGUUGGCCUGCAUUGGCUGCCAUUAUUUCCAGCUGAGUUCAAAGGACCGUACCUUGAUGUGGCUCAUAAGCACGGCGACAAGUGGGAAGCGCAAAUAAAGCAUCGAGACCAGAAUGCUCUGAAACCCCGUCAUCCGGCUGAAGGCCGACAAGCGUUGCUACAUAUCAGUCGCUCAACUGAGCUCACUCUUCUCUUUCAGAAUGAAGGCAGUGGGUGGCAGUCCACGAGCGUGGUGCUUCACACGGCAAGGUCAAGCGACGACUACAUCUCACAUGCCGCUCUAGGUGAAGACGGCGCAGACCUGCUGGCUGUGACAUACGAUCAUAGCUCACAACUACGACUGUAUCGGAUCACAAUUCAUUGGAACGCAAGUCAGCUCAGUCGAGGGAAUCAGCAAUACACCCAAGUGGCGCCGAAACUGGAUGUGCACCACCUGACAACAGUCGAGAAGGUUCGCGCUCAGCAAGUCGAUGUUGCAAAGUUAUCUCGUCUCGAUAUUAUACCUGCAGUCCCUGAAGCUGCCCAACAGGCACCUACCCUACCGACUGUUCAGGCUAUCUUCACACACGCCGUGCUUCCCCUAGACGGCUCACAGAAUCAAGACUGCAGCAGCACAAUCUCGCGAUGGACAGUAGAGUCAUAUACACCUACUCUACAUGAAAGCUUUAAGAAGCUCAAGCCAGGCGCUGCUGCAAAGGCUCAUCACGUACUGAACCAGGCAACAGUUCUUAGACGGCAGGCUGAUGUCACGAUCAAUAAGAUGGUUUUGGCCUUUGCCUCGCAGGCAUUCGACACAAUCCAUGUGUUUGCGGCCAGCGACGGCAGUGUCGACUUCAGAGAUCGCGUGACCAUGACCGGAUUGGGAUCUUUUGGCAGUACAGAGACAGUGGCCAAUGCUUCACAAACGGGAUUCUACCAUAUGCCUGGCGAACAGAACCUCAAUGUUGCCAUCUCCCCUGAUGGUAGUGCUCUAGCUUUGCAGCGUCCGGACAAGACUAUCGUGACGCAAAACAUGACGUUUACACACGGAUGGCAGGUCGCAGACGAUAGUCUCGGUGGCGACAAUAAGGCGUACAUUGAAGCGGCGACAGUGUGCCUCGCAAGGCAGUAUGCAUUCCUGUGCUUCAACAACAUUUCCACGGACGAAGUACUCGCCCUCUUGCCUAAUAACGCCGAGUUUGAACUCCGGUCGAUGGUCAUCAAGAUGAUUCUAAAGAUGCUACAAAGGACGCCGGACAUAUCCUGCCAAGAGAAUAACAGGCAACAAAUGAUCGUACUCAAAGAGCCGUUCGUGCCACGCUGUCUUAGUGCGCAGAUGGCGCUCGGCACCAACGCAGUUACUGGUGAACGCAAUUUUUCGGCCCAGUAUGCAUUUGCCAUGCUCAGCCUUCGACUAGCUGGCACAGCCUGCGCUCAAACACUCAGUCGGCAGGAUAUGAAAACCAUCCCAGCAGAUGCAGUGCACUCUCUUCGAGGACUUGUGAAGUGGAGUGUGGACCUCAUGGUCUACAUCGUCAAUACGCUCGUUGAGACGAAGCGUAGUCUGAACGCAGACCUCGCUCCAAGACAGGCCUUCUCUAAUCUCAUAAGCUCUUCAGGAAGCGUGGCGCUGCAUCUCCUUUUGUGCAGCUAUUCACGGGUGAUGUUACGCUUUCAGACGAUGUGGGUGAUCAAGUUCACACACGCAGCACAGCUUGUUCUCCCUCGCGCUCGAUCGGUUCAGGAACAACAAGAGCUCAGCGCGACCCUUCAGCGAGUGAAAGACAUGCCAUUCGAACUCCGGCACUUCGAACAGAUGAUGUCAGAACUCGAUACGGCUAUUCGAGGCGCCUACAGCCAAUCUUCAAUUUCUGCGGAAAAGCGCAGCGAAGUGGAGACGAAUAUGGUUGUCGAUGGCGCCAUUCCUGCAGAGUUGGAGAAUCCGAUUAACAGUCUGCUGGAAAGCAUGCUGCCGAAAUUGAGUGACAAUGUCAACCUGACUGACCUCAUGCUUUGGGACACUCGAGGAAUUGGGCUCCGAAAUUGUCGGCAAGCAGAAGAUGGGAAGACGUAUGAUGUGAUCAGAAAGAUUCCCAUGCAAAGCGAUAUGCAGAGAAGGGUUUGCAGAAGAUGCGGCUCUGAGAUGGAAGACAUCAGUCCCGAGCGGCUGAGAAGCGAAAUGAUGAACCUGGCGUGGUUCGCACAUCUCCAAAGACAUUGCUUGUGUAUGAACUAUUGGUUACUGGCGUGAGUACGGCGAGAAGCGAGAGCACUGUCUCGUGCAUAGAGGUCAAGUUAGCCGUACACCAGCGGAGUGGCUCUAAUAGACCAGGUAUCUGCACAAAUGCAGCCAUCGUAUCGAAGCGAUCCGUUCCACGCAGC